GCCGCCACCAUGUGGCAUGAGGCCCGGAAACACGAACGGAAGCUUCGGGGCAUGAUGGUGGAUUACAAGAAGCGUGCCGAGCGUCGAAGAGAGUACUACGAAAAGAUUAAGAAGGACCCUGCCCAGUUCCUGCAGGUGCAUGGCCGGGCCUGUAAGGUGCAUCUAGAUUCAGCAGUGGCCCUGGCUGCUGAGAGCCCCGUCAACAUGAUGCCAUGGCAGGGAGACACCAACACCAUGAUCGAUCGGUUUGAUGUGCGGGCCCACCUGGAUUACAUCCCCGAGUACACCCCGCCGCUGCUGACCACCAUCUCUCCGGAGCAGGAGUCCGAUGAACGCAAGUGCAACUACGAGCGCUACCGAGGCCUGGUGCAGAAUGACUUUGCUGGCAUCUCGGAGGAGCAGUGUCUCUACCAGAUCUACAUUGACGAGCUCUAUGGGGGCCUGCAGAAACCCAACGAGGAGGAGAAGAAGAAGCUGGCGGAGAAGAAGGCGUCCAUCGGCUACACUUAUGAGGACAGCACUGUGGCGGAGGUGGAGAAGGCCCUGGAGAAGCCUGAGGAUGAGGAGUCGCCCGGGGAGGAGGAGAGCAACUCAGAUGAAGAUGAGGUCAUCCCUGACAUCGAUGUGGAAGUGGAUGUGGACGAACUAAACCAAGAACAGGUGGCCGACCUGAACAAGCAGGCCACGACGUACGGCAUGGCGGACGGGGACUUUGUGAGGAUGCUGCGAAAGGACAAAGAGGAGGCUGAGGCCAUUAAACAUGCGAAAGCCCUGGAGGAGGAGAAGGCCAUGUAUUCGGGCCGCAGAUCCCGACGACAAAGGAGGGAAUUCCGGGAAAAGAGGCUGAAGGGCCGGAAGAUCAGCCCCCCAAGCUAUGCCCGCAGAGACAGCCCCACCUAUGACCCGUACAAGAGGUCACCUUCUGAGUCCAGCUCAGAAUCACGGUCGCGCUCCCGGUCACCGACACCAGGCCGGGAGGAGAAGAUCACCUUUAUCACGAGCUUCGGGGGCAGUGAUGAGGAGGCGGCGGCGGCGGCAGCUGCUGCGGGCGCAGGGGCGGCUCCGGGGAAGCCUCGGGCUGGCCAGCCCCCGACGGCCCCGCAGCCGGGCAGUGGCCCCGCGCCAGGUCGGAACGCCGGCUCCCGUCGCCGCUCCAGCUCCUCUUCCUCCAGCACCUCCAGCACCCCUACGUCUAGCUCCCGGUCGAGUUCCCGCUCUCGCAGGGGGGGCCACUAUCGGCCGGGCCGACACAUGCGCUCCCGCUCCCGAUCGUGCUCUCGGCGCUACUCACGCUCCCGGAGUCGGGGCCGGCGUCACUCUGGAGGCGGCUCCCGAGACGGGCGCCGCUACUCGCGCUCACCCACCCGACGUGGCUACGGGGCCCGGCGACGAUCCAGGAGCCGCUCUCGGUCAGGGGAGCGGUACCGCCGAGGGGGCCGGGCCCCACGGCACCGGAGCAGCAGCCGCAGUAGCUGGUCACCCAGCUUGUCCCGCAGCAGAAGUCGAAGCCACAGCCGUAGCCGCACCCACUCCCCAUCUCCCCUGAGGGAGAAGCUGACGAGGCCGGCGGCAUCCCCGGCCGUGGGGGAGAAGUUGAAAAAGGCCGACACAGCUUCGGGUAAAGAGACAGGAGCUGCCAAACCCAAACUGACUCCCCAAGAGAAGCUAAAACUGAGGAUGCAGAAGGCCCUCAACAGACAGUUCAAGGCGGAUAAGAAGGCAGCUCAGGAGAAGAUGAUUCAGCAGGAGCAUGAGCGGCAGGAGCGAGAGGAUGAACUCCGUGCCAUGGCCCGCAAGAUCCGAAUGAAGGAGCGGGAACGGAGAGAGAAGGAGAGAGAAGAAUGGGAGCGUCAGUACAGCCGACAGAGCCGGUCCCCGUCCCCCCGAUACAGUCGUGAAUACAGCUCUUCCCGGAGGCGCUCACGGUCCCGGUCUCGAAGCCCUCAUUACCGCCACUAGUUGGGGAUGGGAGGGGUUGGGGGAGGGGCUGGAGCCCCUGUUGGGGGUCGGUGCUGCUGGUUUUACCACUUGUUUGUGGAAUAAAUUAG